AUGUCUCGCUCCAAAAGCCCCGACGCCGCCAGCACCAAAGAUCCCUCCCAAAUUGAAUACGGAACCAUCAGCAAAGAUGGCCCAGACGUCGCCAUCGGGGACGUAUCCGCUGUCAUACCUCGGAUUGACACCGCCGCAGAGCGCAAGCUGGUCCGCAAGCUCGACCUCCUGGUCAUGGUCAUGAUCUUCUUCAUGUACUUCUUCAACAGCAUCGACCGCAGCAACCUCGGCAACGCGAAGACGGACGGCAUGGACGUCGACCUCGGUUUCGUCGGUAACCAGUAUUCCAUCCUGGUCAUGGUGUUCUACGUCCCCUUCUGCGGCCUCUGUCUUCCGGCGAAUCUGUUUACCAGGAUGCUUGAGCCAAAGUUCUUCUUGGUGGGCUUCAUGCUGGGCUGGGGCUCUAUGGCUAUGAUUUGUGCUGCAUGCAAGAACUUUGCGCAGAUCUUGGCGGUGAGGAUUCUGUUGGGUGUUGCAGAAGCUGGUUUCGCUCCAUGUGCGAUGUUUUACAUGAGUACCUUUUAUACUCGCGGGGAGCUUGCCACACGCUUCGCAAUUUGGUAUUCAGCAACGGUUCUCUCUUCGGCAGUGUCAGGGCUCAUCUCUUACGGAGUGUUCCAGAUCGGCGGGGCUCUACAUGGCUGGCAGUACCUUUUCCUGGUUGAAGGCGGCCUUACAGUGCUGAUCGCUAUACUGGCCGCUUUCAUACUCCCGAAGAACCCGUGGACCUGCCGAUGGCUGACCCCAGCCGAGAAGGAGCUGUGCGUCCUGCGUGGUGAAAGAGACUCGACGUCCGACGUCGGCUCCGCCUGGAACUUCCACGAAGGCAUGCAACCAUUCAAGUCAUGGCAAGUCUACGCCUGGGCCCUCAUCGGCCUCUGCUACGGCACCUCGGGCAGCGCCGUCGGCUCGUUCCUGCCGCAAAUCGUGCAACUCAUGGGCUUUCCCACGCUAAAAACGAACCUCUACACCGUCGCGCCCAACAUCGUCGGUGCCCUCGUCCUCCUCUGCAUCGCGCACUCAUCCGACCGCUUCCGCGAGCGCAGCGGGCACCUCGUCUUCGCGCUGCUCGUCACCUUCGUCGGCUGGGUCAUCCUGCUGGCGCUCAACCCGGCCGCGCACAUCCCCGUCGCCUACUUCGCCUGCUUCCUGCUGUGCGCCGGCGCCAUGACGCCCACCGUCCUCUUCCACUCGUGGCACGCGUCCAACAUGCACACCGAGAACGGCCGCAUCUACGUCAUGAGUUUUCUUACUGGCGCUGCUAAUAGUGGUGGUAUUGUUGCGAGCAUGACUUUCCGCGCCGAGGACGCGCCGCGAUACUUGCCGUUUUUGGGUACGGCGGCGGCGUUUGAGGGGAUGGGGAUGGUGCUCAUCUUGGCGCUGCGGUGGUGGAUGAAGUGGGAUAAUGCGCGGAGGGACCGCGUCAUGGGGAGGAGGUUGGUUAGUAAGGAUGUCAAGUUGAGUGAGCUGGUCGGGGGGUCGAACGACAUUCGGUGGAGGUGGUUUGUUUGA